GUGGAGUGUGACGCACGAUCAUCCUCACCCUGUGUGUGCGUAUUGGCUGCCACGGCUGCCCGUCACUCCGCUCAGGUUUAGGGAUAUGCUAUCAGAGCAGAUUAUGAAGCAGACCUCAUCUCGGGCAGUCUCCUCUGAUUGUCUCAAUGGCUAAACACAGUGUUUUUCUUAUUUUUGCACUGCUACCUUUUGUUUUUAUGCAACUGUCCUUGCCCUUUGAUCAAGUGCCUGCAAUCCUGGACAAGAGUUCAGAGGUCCCCCAGUAUCAAGCUAUCAGAAUCAGAACAGAUGGAGUGGGUGUAGAGAAUCCAAGUGCCUCGCACGAGGGCAGUUAUUUGCCUGCAGCUGAGAAUCCGCUCAGAAGAAUACUGCAGCCUUAUGGGUGGCACCUGCAUGCCCAACCCAGAACUAAGCGGAAGCUACUGCAGUCGACCAGUUCUGGGCCAUACUCUCCACUGACCGUAGCCUACAAUGGCAAGAUAUGCAUUCUGUUCAAAGCCAAACGUCUGGCCAUUCGCUACAGGAAUCACACUUUCCUGGAUCUGACUGAGAGAGUGUUUGGGCCCAAUGCUUCAGUAGAGACAAAAGGCUCAGUCUGCUCCAAGGAAAAAGCAACAUUGUCCCUGCACCUUGGAGAUGUGGAGGACAUAAGAGGACUUGUCAUCAAACUUCAUAUGUCCAACACAUUUUAUGAGUCGGCUGGCCAGAACUGGUUCACUCUGGACAGUGUUCACAUCCACUACAACUGGUCGCACGAGGCUGUUUUCAACGCCACCGAGGUUUACGCCCCUGCUACCUAUUCUUACCACUGCCAGCACGUCAGCAGCUUACAGAAAUAUGACACCUUACUGGUGCCCAGCUCCUACACUGACAGCUCGGCAAACUGGCACAUCACAUUCACAGACUUCCAGAUCCAGGCCUUCAAUGUUCAGUCCAACAAGUUUGCCUCAGCCAGUGAUUGCGCCACCUUUUUCACCCCUGCCAUUCUGAUGGGCCUUAUCACCUCCCUGAUCCUGCUCCUGGUUCUGGCUUACGCGCUGCACAUGGUGGUGCAUUUAAAGCACAUUGACCGUUAUGAAGAGCACAAAGCUACAGUCUACUUUCCUCGCAGCCCCGAGUCGGAACACCCAGACAAAAACAGUCUCUGAAGGACAGCUCCCUCACCCUUCCAGAAUUGCACUUUACAGGAUGCCCAGAGUGUUGCGGUGGGUGUGCAGUGGCGGAGCACAGGACUAGAUGGUCCCGGAGGGCAGCAGUGUCUUUUAAAAUCCCUGUUCCCAUCAGCCCCUGCCCCCCCCCCCCCACCCCCAUCACCCUGAUUCAACGAAUCAUGCCGUCAUGCUGUCUGUUCUGUUAGGUGUUUAAUCUCACCCUAAUCACCAGGACUCUGCUGCCCUCCUGGGUCACAGACAAAACAUAUGCCAUGCCAGGAGGGGGCAAGCGUGUGUGCAACACAGGCCUAUCAGCGGACUAGCACUCUGACAUUUUACAAGCACGACAAUUUCUGGAAACGUGGAUUUUACAAUAAGAAAAGGGAGACAGAGAAGAAGAAAAAACACUGUCAAUGACAGUAACUGUGACCUGGCAAGAUGGAUGCCAAACAAUGGACAUGGACUGCCAGUCAACAAAGAUAACUGUGAUUAGAAUGGAUGGUGAUUGCCUAGACAGGGCGAGUUCUUUUGUAUCUCAAAAAGUCACAAUAUCAUUCAUAAGUCAAGUCCAUGGGCCAUGGGUCCUGGGUUAAAUCUGCCAAUUUAAAAAAAAAAAAAUACUGUGUUUCGACUGCCAAAGUGGAGUUUGUCAGCAAUGACAAACAGCUGAAAGUACAUGAAAGUACAACACUGUAAAAACAUAUGUGUACAGUAUUUGCCUAGUGUGAUGAGGUCUUUUUAUAUAAUCCACAUCCAUACAUAGGUUACAUGGAAAUAAUCCUGACAUAUCCUCCAAAAAAUACCGUGCACAUAGAAAAAUCUAGCUUGAGAUCCAUGCAUAACUCUAAAUAUACAAUCCAGAAAUAUGUAUUGAACCAUUUUUGCAAUGGGUAAUUGUGAAAAUGCCAACUAUACUGUAUGACAUUUGUUUUGUAAUCAGUACUAUCACAUUGUGUCGGUCUAGUAGUUUUCUGUUUUUUUAACUUGGACUAUGGAUGAUUUUUUUUUCUUUAUGUCACACAAAAGAAAUUAUUAUGUCUUGUAGUACUAUCUAGUAAAGGAGCAUUUACAAUGAAAUCAAUUUACCUGUAAAGAGCUCAUCUGAGGAAUGUUGUUCAGUAAUACACAGAGGACAAUACCUUUAUUAUCAUACUCAGAAACACCUUAUAGCUGCAGUGAUGACAUCAGCAACAUCUUAUUACACUAUACCACAGCAUGGCAAUAACUAGAAAUAAAAGUUGUAACAUGGCAGUUUCGAUACUCAUGGUAGAGAUAUGUGCAAUGUGUACAUUUGGUCAUGAUGGAAUCAUUCAAACCUAAAGCACUUGUGGAAGUUUCCUGAGGACCAAUUGAUGUAGUUUGAACAAUAAAUUAUGAUCACAUAACUUG